AUGGGUCUCACCGAUUUUUUCUCCGACGUUAUCUCUUCCUGGGGCUUCCCUGAGGCCCAGGCCGAGGCUCCCGCCGAAACCGUUGAGCAGACUACCAGCCAGGAGGCCGAACCCGAGGUGAAGGCCGAGGAGACUCCUAGCGAGGAGGCCACUGAGCAGAGCGAGGAAUCUGCCGAGGAGACUCCCGAGGAGACCUCUGAGGAAGAGGAGGCUGAAGAGGAAGAGGAAGAAGAGGAGGAGGAAGAGGAGGAGGAGCCUGAGGAUAUCAAGCCCCAGCUUGAGGAGGAAUGUGCCAACUCAUCUCAGUGCGCCCCUUACAAGCACCACUUCGAUGAGUGCGUUGAGCGUGUAACUCAGCAGCAGGAGGACCCCGACUACAAGGGUGUCAAGGAGGACUGCGUUGAGGAGUUCUUCCACCUCUCCCACUGUGCUACCCAGUGUGCUGCUCCCAAGCUCUGGAAGGCUCUCAAAUAA